CUUCUUCUCGUCUGAUAUUUACCUAUCGUACAAGAGACACCAAAAUGUCUUUCGCUAAAUAUAAAGGCAUCAUAGCAAUUACUCUCUGUUUUUCGUAUGUCUAUGGUGGUCAAUUCUGUCUUUCCUGCAGUGAUGCACCAGAUAUGGCUUCGUGUAGACAAAUCACUCAAUGUAAAAAUGAGGAGGUAUGCUUUGUUCACAAAUAUUCCAAUGACAGAGAUCAGAUAAGAUAUGAUAUGGGUUGUUCAUAUCCAGAGAUUUGCCUGAAAGAUGAACCAGGACACUUGUUUGGUAAAAGAAGUGAUCAUAAUCAUAUUCUAUGUCAGCAAUGUUGUAAUGAUACUCAUAUUUGCAACGCUGAUUUACCAUGCAUUGGACAUAUUCAAGAUGAAGUUUGUCUUUCCUGUAGUGGAGUAGAAACACCUACAGCGUGCUUCAGGAAUACAUCUUGUAACAAGGAAGAGGUUUGUUUUAUGCACAAAUACCGAACUGAAUCUGGAAAGUUACUGUACGAUUUCGGGUGCAAACCAGCAUCACUUUGCGUACAUACAUUUAACAAUCUUUUUGGCCGCCAAAUAUCUGAAGGAAAACAUCAGAUCUGUGAAGAAUGCUGUCAUGGUAGCCACUUAUGUAAUCGAAAUAUAACUUGCAAUCAUCUCAGCCAAAAUAGCGAAAAUGGAUCAUGUUCAACUACAUACGAAUGCCGAAGCAAUUUACUAUGUUUGACUGGCACGUGCAAGUGUCAGUCAGAUGCAUAUUAUUGGGGAGAUGACCGUUGCAUGUCUAGAAAAGCUGCAUACAGUCAUUGUGAAAAGUCUAAAGAAUGUAAAGAAUCGUUACAAUGCACCAACCUUACUUGCCAAUGUAAUGAUACAGAGUAUUGGAAUGGAUCAGCUUGCAUAAUAAGAAAAAACUACCAGCAGUCCUGUCAGAUUUCAACAGAUUGUAAGAGAACAUUAUAUUGUAAUCAUCAGCAUUGUACAUGUGACCAUAACGAUUAUUGGACAGGACAAUAUUGUACUGAAAGAAAAUCACAAGGAGCUUACUGUAAUUCAACCAAUCAAUGUAAACCGACAUUAUUUUGUAAAAAUAGUACAUGCUUAUGUCCACAAGAUUAUUUUUGGUCUUUAUCAGAGUGUAUACCAAGAAAACCCUAUGGAGCGUACUGUAAUUCCAGAAAUAUAUGUAAAUCGACAUUAUCUUGUAAAAACAGUACAUGCGCAUGUCCAAAUGAUUAUUAUUGGUGGUCUUCAUCAAAGUGUUUACCAAAAGUUACUGAGUGUGAAUAUAUAGAGUCAUCAUACCCUGAUGGAGUUUAUGAACUAUUUCCUGAUAGUCAAACAUCUGUGUUGGCAUAUUGUGUUGGACCUGGACGCAAAUGGACAGUCAUCCAGAGACGAUUUAAUGGUUCAGUGAGUUUUGAUAAAACUUGGAAGGAGUAUAAAUAUGGUUUUGGAUCAGCGUUUGGAGAGCUAUGGCUAGGCAAUGAAUAUAUGCAUUUAAUUUCCAACCAAGGACCUCAUGAAAUAAGUAUAAAGAUCGUAACAUCGAAUGGAGAUAUUAAAUAUGCAAACUACUCAAUGUUUAAAAUUGGCGACGAGUCAUCUGGAUAUGUUUUCACAGUAACUGGAUAUAGUGGAGAUGCAGGCAACACGUAUAUCGCUAGUAUGGUAGGGAAAAGGUUUACAACAAAGGAUCACACAGACUCAACCCAAUGUGCGAUUUCUUAUAAUGCUGGAUGGUGGUACAAUGGUUGUUUUAGCUCAAACCUUAAUAUUUUAUAUGGAGACCAAUUCUUUGAAUGGGAUAGUGCUGUGCACAAUAUUCGCCAAUCUACAAUGAUGAUUCGGAAGAGAUGA